AUGACGGAGAUCGCUAGCAAAAAUGACCCCGGCGACUACUACGGCAUGAAGUUCCCCUACACCAAGGACAUGAUCGUCCAGAUGGGACCAGAGUGGUUGACCCAGGCCUUUCACAAGAGCGGCGUCCUUCCCCGCGACAAUGCCGUGACGAAGAUCUCGGACGCCAAGGAGUUCGUUGGUGGCGGCGCAGGUCUCAAAUGCACCUUUACGGUGGAGUACAAGAAGGAUGCACCUUACUUGCACAAGAAGCUGUUUGCCAAGCUCCCUCACAAGCCGGGCGGUUCAGAUCGAUACUACGUCUCCUGCAUGUGGAAUCACGACAGGCCGGAGAUCGUCUUCAAUAUCUUCCUCCAGGAGUCGGUUCCUUUUCGUGUGCCGAAGUGCUACUUUGGGGACAUCUCGGCAGCAACGACGAACUUCGUGCUGAUUACCGAAGCUCUAUCCUGGGCAGAGAAGGCGAAGAAGGAGUUCCAACCAGGGGAGAUCGAGCCUGCGUACGACAAGUACAAGGACUGGGAGUUGCCAGACGGAGGACCGAUGUACUACUCUGCCUGCUGCCGGGCUCUUGGCAAAAUGGCUGCUUACCACAAGCAGAAACGUCUCCACCCAAAGGUGGAUGAGAUGUUUCCAAUGCCCGACCCAGUGCCCCAGAUUCCCCCACUGCCGGGGUUGGACGACCUUACGCGGAAGCAGACCAGCGCUAAGGCGGACCAGUUGAUCCGCUUCGUCUCUGAGACCGCCCGAGCAGUAUUUCCAGAGGAGAUCACGGACCCGCUAUUCCUGUCCAAGUGGAAGGAAGAGCUUCUCGAGAUCGCGGAUUACCAGGGUGAGAUGCAUUGCUUCCUUUCUGGAGCCGAGACAGCGAAUCCCCACGACUACGUGGGCCUGACGCACAACAACCUCCAGAUUGACAACGCUUUCUUCUGGCGCAAUGAGAAGAACGAGGUGGAAGUAGGACUGCUUGACUGGGGUAUUCUGAACUGUGGUCCGCUGGCGGGCUCGGUACAAGGCUGCAUCUCUGGUGCAUCCACGGAAGUUUUGCUGGAGCAUCGAGAUGCGUUCCUGGAGGCCUUUGCCAGCAGCUACGAAGCGAACGGUGGUCCUUCCCUUGAUCGGGAGCGCUUCAAGACCAUGUCAAACCUUUUGAUGAUCCAGUGGUGCGUGACCGUCAUCAGCAAUGUGGCACAAGUCUUGAAGUUCACCAAGGCACAGGAAUGGCAGGACAUCAAAGACUGGAUGGAUCCCAGGCUGGUCGAUCGUUUCCAGACUCGAGCCCACACGACGCAGUUCAAAGAAUCCUUGCAGCUGUACAGGAAGUGGGACCUCUACUCCUUCUUCAAGAAGUGGCGAGCUGAUCUUGGCCUACCUCCAAAGAGAUGA